AUGGUGAGUGGGACGGAGGAGAAAGCCUUGGUGAGUAAGGUUGACCCAUGUGGCAUGUGUGGAAAGAGGGUAAAGGCAAAUUCAGUGCGGUGUGUGAAAUGUGGGAAGUGGAUACAUAGGAGAUUGGCAAGGGAUUUUGCGUGUGGAAGAUGUAAGAAUGGCAUUGGAAGGGUGGUGGAACAGGAAGAAAAGUUGUGUGAUGAGGUUGAGUCAGUGAAGGAGUUUACAUACCUGGGGGACAAGGUAAGUGUGGGUGGUGGGUGUGAGGCGGCUGUGACAGCUAGAGCAAGGUUUGCCUGGGUGAAGUUUAGGGAAUGUGGAGAGCUACUAUAUGGAAAGAGAUUUCCCUUGGAGAUGAAAGGAAUAGUUUAUAAGAGUUGUGUGGGAUCAGCAUUGCUGUAUGGGAGCGAGACAUGGUGUUUGAGUGAAAAUGAGCUGGGUAUUUUAAGGAGGACGGAGAGAGCGAUGGUGAGAGUGAUGUGUGGGGUGAAGUUGAUGGACAGAAAGUUAACUGAGGACUUGAUGCAGAUGUUGGGUUUGAAGGAAGCGGUAGAUCGGUUGGCGAAGGCAAAUGGGGUACGUUGGUAUGGGCAUGUGCUGAGGAGGGAGGAUGGGCAUGUAUUAAGAAGGGCCUUUGAUGUAGAGGUGAGUGGUCGAAGGAAAAGGGGAAGGCCAAAGAAGACGUGGAAGAUGCAAGUGGAGGAGGAGAGUGGGAAGGUUGGGAUGAGGAUGAGGGAUGCUUUAAAUCGUGCAAAGUGGAGGGAGGGG